AUGUCAACUAAUCAUUACCAAUUUAACGUUGCUAUGACAUGCAGUGCAUGCAGUGGAGCAAUUGAAAGAGUCUUAAAUAAAUUGAAGCCAGAUGUCAGUAAGUUAGAUAUAUCUUUAGAAUCACAAACUGUUGACGUAUACACUACUUUGCCAUAUGAAACUAUCUUGGAAAAAAUCCAAAAGACUGGUAAGGAAGUGAAAUCUGGUAAGACGUUAUGA